AUGAUCUUACUCGCAUUCAGCACUGGAAGCCGGUUGGAUUUCGUACAUCAUUCCAGGGGGUUUUUCUUGCAAACCUUGCUUUGGAUUUUAUGUGCCCCCGUGUGCACAGCGGAGCAGUAUUUCAAUGUGGAGGUAUGGUUACAAAAGUAUGGCUACCUUCCACCAACUGACUCCAGCAUGUCGGUGUUGCGCUCUGCAGAGACCAUGCAAUCAGCUAUAGCUGCCAUGCAGCAGUUCUAUGGCAUUAAUAUGACAGGAAAAGUGGACAGGAACACAAUUGAUUGGAUGAAGAAGCCUCGAUGCGGUGUGCCUGACCAGAGAAGAGGUAGCUCCAAAUUUAACAUUCGCCGAAAACGAUAUGCAUUAACGGGACAGAAGUGGCAACACAAACAUAUCACUUACAGCAUAAAGAACGUCACUCCAAAAGUAGGUGAUGCCGAAACCCGCAAAGCCAUUCGCCGUGCCUUUGAUGUGUGGCAGAAUGUAACUCCUCUGACAUUUGAAGAAGUUCCUUACAUUGAAUUAGAAAAUGGCAAGAGGGAUGUGGAUAUUACAAUCAUUUUUGCAUCAGGUUUUCAUGGAGACAGUUCUCCCUUUGACGGGGAGGGAGGAUUUUUGGCCCAUGCUUACUUCCCUGGGCCAGGAAUUGGGGGAGACACUCAUUUUGACUCAGACGAGCCAUGGACUUUGGGAAAUCCUAAUCAUGAUGGAAAUGAUCUGUUUUUAGUUGCAGUGCAUGAACUGGGGCAUGCUCUAGGCUUGGAGCAUUCCAAUGACCCCACUGCAAUCAUGGCUCCGUUUUACCAGUAUAUGGAAACAGACAACUUCAAACUACCUAGUGAUGAUUUACAGGGCAUUCAGAAGAUAUAUGGUCCACCUGACAAGAUCCCACCACCAACAAGACCUCUGCCAACAGUGCCCCCGCAUCGUUCUGUCCCUCCAGCAGACCCUCGGAAGAAUGACAGGCAGCCUAAACCGCCUCGUCCGCCCACUGCUGACAAACCUUCCUAUCCUGGAGCCAAACCAAACAUCUGUGAUGGGAACUUCAACACUCUAGCUAUUCUUCGCAGGGAAAUGUUUGUUUUCAAGGAUCAGUGGUUUUGGCGUGUUAGAAACAACAGGGUGAUGGAUGGAUACCCCAUGCAGAUUACCUACUUCUGGAGGGGUUUGCCUCCAAGUAUCGAUGCAGUCUAUGAAAACAGCGAAGGGAAUUUUGUUUUCUUUAAAGGUAACCAGUUCUGGGUCUUCAAGGAUACCACUCUCCAGCCAGGGUACCCUCAUGAUUUGAUAACACUUGGAAGUGGAAUUCCUCCCCAUGGUAUUGAUUCAGCAAUUUGGUGGGAGGACGUUGGGAAAACCUACUUCUUCAAAGGAGAUAGGUACUGGAGAUACAGUGAAGAAAUGAGGUCCAUGGACCCUGGUUAUCCAAAACCAAUCACAAUCUGGAAAGGUAUCCCAGAAUCUCCUCAGGGAGCCUUUGUCCACAAAGAAAAUGGCUUCACAUAUUUCUACAAAGGAAAGGAGUAUUGGAAAUUCAAUAACCAGAUGCUCAGGGUGGAACCUGGAUAUCCCAGAUCCAUCCUCAAGGAUUUUAUGGGUUGUGAUGGACCAACAGACCGGGAUAAAGACCGACACAGCCCUCAAGAUGACGUGGACAUUGUCAUCAAACUGGACAACACAGCCAGCACUGUGAAAGCCAUAGCCAUUGUCAUUCCCUGCAUCCUGGCCUUGUGCCUCCUUGUCUUGGUUUACACUGUGUUCCAGUUCAAGAGGAAAGGAACACCCCGUCACAUACUGUACUGCAAACGCUCUAUGCAAGAGUGGGUGUGA